GGCUGCGGCACUGGAGGCCGCCCGCCCUGUACCGUGAACUUGGACAUAACAUUAUCAUUCUGUUUUCAUGAAAACAAAUUGAAUUACAGGCGAUGAUAUUUUGGAAACAACGUCUCUUCAGUCAUAACAGUGCCAAAUAACGAAAAUAUAGCGAUAUUAAAAACGUUUUUUGUAUUUAAAAGACAUUCAUGAUGUCAUUUUACGUAAAGCCCAAUAAAAACUCGACGAUAUAUAUGAUCAUAAUUACAAACUUAGUUUUAAUUAUAUCGACAUGUUUAUGCAAAUCGAACUCAACACCGAAAGAAGAAAAUGUAGAAGUAAAUAAAUUAAUAUCAUCCAAUCUGAGUGAAUUUCCAUCAAUUAUACUCUCGAGCACAGAGAGCACGCCGUUAUCAUCUACAGUGGAGUCGACCAGCGACACUUUGACCACAAAGGAAAGUACUGAAAUAACAAAAGCUUACGAAGCUGAGAGCUCGACUGCUGUCGAUUCAAAGUCUCGAGGAGGCAAUAUCGGUACUAUUAUACAGUAUGUGAACAAUGCAAGCAGGCAGAAAAUAAACUCGACUUUAAGGGCAUUUGGCAGUACCCUACAUAGUGUUCCUUCGCUGUCUGCUCGCCUAGGGGCUAUAGAUUGCGAUCUACCUCUAUUACCCCGGACAUCUCGACUCUGGAGAGGAAACGAAACACAUGAAUUGAAUCUACCUAUUACGGAGUGCACGGGAGGGCGUGGAGGGCGCAGUGACGAGGAGUGCCCUCAGGUCAGCGUGUCAUGGGAGGCAAGUGCUGACAUACAAAGCGGGGACAUCCUUAUCGUCCGGAUCUCUGACUCUCUGCUCCUCGACACGACCAGCCGUGAGGGCAACAACGAAUCCAUUGACACGAACUCAACACACACCGAAAGGACACACCAGGCGGUGAGCCAGCCAGCCGUGUACCAGGUCACCAGACUGGGACACGAGCACUGCGACCUCUCCGACGGAAUGUUACUGGACAUCAGCCCGCUCGAUGAACGAGCCUCCAAGAUAUUCACGUUGUAUGAUAAAGAUCUAACCGAAGGUGUUAACUUAUUGAUAGUUGUCUCCGAGAAGUGGGGGUCGCAGUGCAUCCGUCUGAAAGUGACGGUCAAAUCUGAUAACUGCGGAGAAUCUCAAGAUUGUUCCGGGAAUGGAGUUUGCUACACAAAUGUUUCUAUGGAGGGCUACGAAUGUCAAUGCUGCAAGGGAUAUAUGGGCCCUCGUUGUGACGAGAGGGACGCUUGCAAUCCAUCACCCUGCUUGAACAAUGGCAUAUGUGUCGACCUCACACAGCCUCUCAAUGGAGCCAACUACCACUGUCUGUGUCCGUAUGGAUUUACUGGAAGAAAAUGCGAGAAGGAUCCAUGUUUCUCAUCGCCGUGUCUCAAUGGUGGUUCCUGCAUGAGCAUGGCCAUAAACGGCUCCACAACCUUCCACUGUGCGUGCACUGAAGACUGGACUGGGAAGCACUGCGAGCUGCCUUCAACGGGCGGCGCCUGUGCUGCGAAGCCGUGCGUCAAAGGGAUCUGUGUUGAGCAAACUGAUGACGUCAUCGAUGGUCCAAAAUACCGAUGCUUCUGUGAACCAGGGUACACUGGGGACAGAUGUGAGCUGGAAUACAACGAAUGUGAGUCGUCUCCAUGCGCCAACGCCGGCACGUGCACGGACCACGUGGGAGGCUUCACCUGCACGUGUGGCCGGGGCUACAACGGACCCACGUGUCAGUUUAAGGUUGACUUGUGUACUCCGAACCCCUGCACUGCUGAGCGGUACUGCGUGGACCAGGGUAACAGCUACUCGUGCGAGUGUCCGGAAGGCUUCGUGGGUGAAGACUGCCACAUUCCUGCGACGUCGAUUUGCGACAACAACCCUUGUGCACACGGCGGUACGUGCUGGAGUGGCGUGGACUCUUUUUACUGCUCGUGCCGACCCGGCUACACCGGCCGCCUCUGUGAAGAGGACUUCGUUCUGGAGCCUGUAAUAGACGGCGAGUCAGACCUUGAGGAGGAGACCCGCGGGAGUUCAGUGAGGGUGAUGCACCUCCCAAUGGGGCUGUACCACGACCGGCUCCAUAACGUGUAUAUCGCGGCUGGUACUCUGGGGGCCGCCAUAUUCAUCGUCGGUGUCGUCGUAGCGGCGUGCCACUGCCGUGUCAACAAGACAUACUCACGACUGCUGUCCAGCUUAGCUGGUCGAGUGUCACGGCCGGGCCCUGCUCAUCACUGGCUCCAGGACAAGCGGGAACCGAACCCCGCACCCUUUCAGCCCCCACAGGCUUUCGACACCACAGACAUGUACUACACCCUCGACUUCAGCGAUAGCCAGAGCUCUCCUCUUAUCCAAUAGCAAUCAGCUGGGAACUGCUCCGAUGGGGAACGGUUCCAAUUUGAAAUAUAAACUGCAAACAUAUACCUGGCUUUAAGUACUUAAGCGGUUUGUGACUCUAAUGCCUGGUCCGCAUAUAAUGAUAAAACUAUCGAACAAAACAUUAAAGGUAUGCUUAAAAGUAUAUCAAUACUACCUUACCUAAUCUAUGAUCAAUUGUGGUUUGUCUCUGUCAUCUUUAUUGUGCAUGAAAGAGAUAAAAUACAUUUCAUCAUGGAUUAGAUAAGCUGUUUAGCGAUUGGAAGAAUUGGAAGAGUGUCUUCCUUUCGUUCGCCGUUGUUCUUUGUAUGUGGACAGGACUUACGUAUUGCGCUGUAAUCGCUCGUGCCCUCAUUCAGAUAGUCCUUUAUGGAGUAGUAAGACUAUCCUCCCGUGCAGUAGUGUGGUGCCACCUUAUCUGUUGCAGAAUUUAUAAUUGUGUCCCGAUUUUAAGGUGGCCCACGACUUUAAUUAUGUAGUCACUAUUGAAGACUGGUGAGACUGCCAACAUCAGGUGAAUUAUUUACUCGUUGAGUAUAUACGUAAGUUGAUGAUCCCAUAAAAAACAGCGCACACAACAAGUGAAGACUUUAUCAAAUGAAGUUAAUGAUGAAAUAAAACUGUUUUCACUGUUCUUUGCUCAAAAAAUAAUAACAUUUGAACCCAUUUUGUAUUAUUAUACUAUAUUUGCAAUGAGAAGGCUAAAAUGCUGUCACAUCUUGGAAUUCAAUAGAAUAAUUAUAAUAAAGAACAAUAAAGUAUUGGUCUCCGCUGCGCUCCAACUAGAAGUACGGCAACUAAUACUACGCCCCAGUGGGCGUUCUCGAACAACGUGGACACAUGUUCUGUUAAACUUUUCUAAUAAUUGAAACUAAAAUACCGGGUUGCGUAGUCGUAGACCUUUAAAAAUAAUAGUACAAGAAAUAAGAAAGACACUAGGAUCACAUAUUGAUGAUAUGUAAGUAUUUUUAUGUUUUAUUAAUUUGAAAGAUGCCAUUAAAUGUCCAGAUGCAACGCACACAAGCAUCUAAUAGUUGCCUUAAUAAAAAAUCUAUUGUUCUUAGGUAGUGCGGUAUCUAGUUAGAGAGCAGCGGAGACCAAUCCUUAAUCUGUGUUGCUCUGAAUGAUCUGAAUAUUAAAUGCUAAAUUAUCCAAACAUAGUAAUUAUACCUGGCAAUAUUUAUACAUGAAACUUGACAUCAUAUUCAUCUGCUCUUGAAUCAAGGCAAUGAAGAAGACUCUUUCAGUGCAAGUAAAAUAAAAAAAGAAAUUGUUGUCUUCUUUCAGACAUUUUGUCAUGAAUGAGUAGUCUUAGGUGCUUACUGUUGAACUAUUCAUACGGGCAGGCUGGAGAAUUCAGGGUUGGUUCAAACAGCAAGUAGAUCAUUGUAUUAUUUACAUUUCUGACCUAAGUAAGCUUAGCUUAGUAGUAAGCUUUAAAAAGCAAAAUGAGUUAAAGGCCGGCAACGCUAUAGUGAUUCCUCUGGUGUUGUAAGAGAAUGUGGGCGGCGGUGAUCACUUAAGGUCACCAGGUGACCCGUACGCUCGUUCGUCCUCCUAUUCCAUAAAAAAAAACAGUAGGAGGCUGCUUUGCACCGGAUGCCGGCUAGAUUAUGGGUAUCACAACGGCGCCUAUUUCUGCUAUGAAGUAGUUAUGUGUAAACAUUACUGUGUUUCGGUCUGAAGGGCGCUGUAGCUAGUGAAAUUACUGGGCAAAUGAGACUUACCAUCUUUUGUCUCAAGGUGGCGAGUGCAAUUGUAGUGCCGCUCAGAAUUUUUGGAUUUUUCAAGAAUCCUGAGCGGCACUGCAUUUAAUAGGCAGGGCGUAUCAAUUACCAUCAUCUGAACGUCCUACUCCUCUUGUCCCUUAUUUUUAUUAAAAAAAACAUGAUCUCAAAAAAGAGUUUAAUGCUGUCUAAUUACAGUUUAGUCUUUACUUUAAAUAAAUAUAACUCAUUCGUAGGUUUAGAAAUUUUCUGCCUCGAUAUAUCCUUUAAAAAGUUGCAUUUAAGCUUAAAUUUUGAUGAUUUUGCUUUAUUUUAAAUAAAUACUAUAUAAUAUAUGUGUAUUAGGACAUAGGAAGUGCCUGAUAAUCUAUCUAAAUCGAUUUUUAAUAAUUAAUGUUAUACUUAUUCAAUUUCAGUGUUGCUUAAAUUGUUUUAUGCAUUAAUGAUAAUAUUUUUUUCUUAGAAGUUGUGCUUCCUUAUUGUAUUAAUAUUUAUCGGCCUUACAAAUAAAAUUGGCAUAAAGUUAUAGUAUAAACCAAGAAUAUGUAAAAUGUUUACAAAUAGACAGUUUGAUUAGGAAUGGUUUGUUCUGACGUAUAACGUUUCCCGCGUUUAUUUGCAAGACAGCUUGUCAUUACGAAAACUUCAGAAUUAUUAUUGUAUUGACAGUGUUGUCAACGAUAUUGUAAACAUUUUUCAUUUUAUUUGUUUAUCAUUAGUUAUAACUUUAUACCAAGUUUAUUUGUAAGGCCGUAGAGUGUAUCUUUCUAGAUAACUAUAAAAUACUGUGUGUCUAAAAAUAUUCGAUUUAUAGUACGAGUAGAUAGUUUUGAUCAUCUUGACUGUGUUACGCGGUCUCUUGUUUGUUUUCUCGUUUCGUAUUUCAAUUUUCUUAUUAGAUAGCUAUUGUUACAUAAAAUAUGAUAAAUUAAAAAACUACAAGGCUUUAUGUGUAAACUAAGCUCAAAUAAGGUGUAACGAUGUAAAUAUGUGUGGGUGAAUUAUUGUUGAAUUUAUGCAAUAAAUUAUUUAUUGAAA